AUGGAGCGGCCCGCUGCCUUCCUGGAGGCUGGGGACACCCCGCCUCCCGUCUCCGUGUUCGUGCGGGUCAGGCCUCUGAUUUCCAGGGAGGCCGGCUCCGAUGUCCUGCCUGGCCUGGCGCUCUGCAGCAGCGGUCCAGAAUCCGCGCCCGCGGUUGCGCUCGAGUCCGGCAAGGUCACCGUCGGUGGGUUCGCGGGUGUGCAGGGGCAGGAGGCGGACAACCAAGCCGUGUUCGAGAGCUGUUUUGCAGAGCGGUUGAAGACCGUGAUGCGUGGCGGCGCGGCUUCCCUUUUCUGUUAUGGGUAUACUGGCGGUGGCAAGACCCACACCAUGCUUGGGAAACAAGAGGAGCGGGGGAUGUAUUAUCGGAUGCGCAUCAGAUUCUGA